AUGGCCUCUGCAUCUCUCCGCGAGUCUUUCAACUCCCUGGGCUGGAGUCGUCGUGACAAUGAGCCUGUCGCAACGGCUCCCCAACCCACCGGUUUCAUGGCGUCUAUCCGAAAUAUGAACCCGUUUGGAGAUUCAGGCUACAUGAGUUUACCCACAGCUGAGCCCGGAGCUCCUCUUCCAGCUCCCACACGCCGCGAGGAAGAAGAGGGCUGGUUCGCUCUGAGUCGAUGGGACCGCUUGAUGAUCUUUGCGGGCUGCAACCUUGGUGCCCUGGCAUGUUUCGUCAUAUGUUUUACCCUGUUUCCCGUGUUGGCGACGAUGGGACCGCGAAAAUUCGUGAUCUUGUGGUCUAUGGGUUCGGCGCUUUUCUUAGGUUCCUUUGCUGCUGUGAUGGGACCGAUGAAUUAUCUCUACCAUCUUUUCUCGGGUCCUCGAAUCCCGUUUACUGUAGCAUACUUUGGAUCCAUCAUCAUGACCAUGGUGUUUGCUAUCAAGUUGCACAGCACGAUCCUUACCUUACUGGCGGCUAUUGUUCAGAUUGUGUGUCUAGUUUGGUACUUGGUCAGUUAUUUCCCCAUGGGCUCAACUGGUCUCCGCUUCGCUACAUCAUACGGAGCAAGGCAGGCCACUGCCUGGAUGAGUGGUUGA